AUUCCCGAAAAUCGUCGUUGGGGUCGGCGUAUGAGGUUUCGGGUUCCAUUGGGUUGAAGAAGAGAGAGAGAUGUGUUGUUGUUGUUGUUGAGAUCUGAUGCACUAAAUAACUUUUUAGAGCGAAAUGCCGUUGCAAAUGCAAGGAGGACUGAUGCAGAAUAAUGUAGAGCCAAUGGUUAUUGAUAUGGCUGUCGAGGAGAAUGACAACACGGAGGAAGAGCCAGUCAUUGUAGAAAGCACAUCUUUGGAUUUAGAGACGUAUGCCAAUAGCUACACAGGUCUUGCCAAACUCCAACGCCUCAUUUUUAUAGCUGAUCGAUGUCCUCAAUUACGAGUGGAAGCCUUACGUAUGGCCAUUCUUUAUGUCCAAACAACCUACAAUGUAAACCUCUAUACUCAACUUCAUCGGAAGAUACAGGAGGCUGUGAGUGGAGCCAAUGCAGCGAGUGCCAGUUUACCUGAUAUAGCUGGAGGUCAAAUGGCCGGAGGAGUAGCUGCCAAUUUGCCUGCUGUAGAUAUGCAGUGGGUGGAAUCGCGUGCGAAGAAAGCGGCAUUAAAGUUAGAAAAGUUGGAUACUGACCUCAAGAAUUCUAAGGUCAACAGCAUCAAAGAAUCCAUUCGACGGGGACAUGACGAUUUAGGUGAUCACUACUUAGAUUGCGGUGACCUUUCAAAUGCCCUGAAAUGCUAUUCCCGUGCCCGCGACUAUUGUACAUCCUUUAAACACAUCAUUAACAUGUGUCUUAAUGUGAUUAAGGUUUCCAUCUAUUUAAACAAUUGGUCACAUGUACUGAGUUAUGUCAGCAAAGCUCAAGCGACUCCUGAAGUAACAGAAACGAGGCAAAGUGGCAACAAAGAUCAGUCGGCAGUUAUCCAAACAAAAUUAACAUGUGCUGCAGGUUUAGCACAGUUAGCCACUAGAAAAUAUAAGGCUGCAGCUAAGAGUUUUCUUCUCGCUCAGCUUGAUUCAGCUGAUUUUCCAGACCUUUUGUCUACUUCCAAUAUAGCUAUGUAUGGUGGCUUAUGUGCGUUAGCCACGUUUUCUCGUCAAGAAUUACAGAAGUUGGUUAUUUCUAGUAGUUCGUUUAAACUAUUUUUGGAAGUGGAACCACAGUUACGUGACAUCAUUUUUAAGUUUUAUGAAUCCAAGUAUGCCUCCUGCCUCAAACUUUUAGAUGAAUUAAAGGAUGUUUUAAUGUUGGACCUGUAUUUGGCGCCGCAUCUCAACACACUAUACUCUCGUAUUAGAAAUCGAGCUCUUAUACAGUAUUUUAGUCCUUACAUGAGUGCAGACUUGGAAAAGAUGGCUGCAGCAUUCAAUACCACUAUAAGUGCUCUAGAAGAUGAGUUGAUGGCUUUAAUACUGGAUGGUCAAAUUCAAGCACGUAUAGAUUCCCAUAAUAAGAUUCUAUACGCCAAAGCAGUGGAGGAAAGAAGCAUGACUUUUGAACGAUCACUGGAGAUGGGGCGGGAACACGUUAUGCGAGUCAAAGGCCUCAUUCUGAGAUCUGCACUCAUUAAGAACCAGAUACAUGUUAAGAGUCCGCCACGUGAAGGAGGGGGAGGGGGUGGUCAGGGUGGUGGUGAUGUCACUAUGGCAGCAACAAACAGUUCUGCAGCGGCUCCUAGGAACUAGUGAUUGAGAACAAUGACCAGGCUGUGUUGAUACUAGACCUGGGUGUAGUUAUUUAUCUUUGUUGGCUGGUGUGCAUAAGUGUGUGCCAUCAGAGAGAUGACUCGAACACAUAGAAUUGCUCAUCGUCAGUUUGCCCCUAAAUAAAGUGUCAAGCUGCACAUCAGUCAGUCAUGCCGCUUGGUGGCAUAUGAUGUGUGUAUGAGAGUACCUAUUGCUUGCGACAACUAUGCAGGGGUUUGUGUGACGCUCUUGCCUUCAACGUAAACAUGACCUAACGCAAGAACAUAGUGCGGAGAGCUUUAUAUUUAUGCGGCCGUACUGGAUGGACCUCAGGAGAUCUGUGAACUAUGUACCGUUAUUAUUUCUUGGUGUUAUGAAUAUAUUGUACAGGAAAAUUCCCAGUCAUUGAAACUUGGUUUGCUAACAGAAAUCACAGUGCAUCUUACAGUCAUAACCAAAGCAAAAAUCAAGAUAUUGCAGCAGUUUUGACAUCUGGCCUUAGUGACAUGCAACACCAUGCCUGUUCUUAGUAUGGAGGGAAAAUUUAGCAGGCAGAACUGUUGCUAGAGGUGUAAAUACCGAGUAUGUUACAAGGUGAUGUUGAUAUCAACAUCACUCUAUACAAGAAAUAGGAUCCUGGUUGUUUUUAAUUCAUAGCCCAACCAUUGAGAUUGGAAGAAUUGGUUUUUAUUGUAAGGGAAAAGUUGAUCAUAAGAAAUUUUAUCCUUCAUUUUCUAAUCAUUCCCUUAAAUCGAAUUUAAGUCCUCCAAGCACGCAAGGCAUUCCUUAGUUAUUUGUAAGUACCUCAAGCUGCUGUAUCCUGUUAUAAAUUUAUGUCGAGUUUGAAGUACUGGGUACAACAAUAAUUUGUAAAUUUAUCAUUCACAUGAUAUAGAUCAGAGCCAGCUAUUGCUGCUGUUGUUAUACAUGCUGUGAUUUAAUUAAGAGCAGUAUUUAUGAAAUUUAAAAGAAGAGAAGUUGGGUUUUGAUUUUAUCCUUGCAGGUUUACGAAAGUUAUGAUAAGCAGAAGCAAUGAAGUAAAAUAUUGACAUUAGUAUGAGUACUGUCAAUCGUUUGGGAAAUUUUCAUCUUUGUUUUUCCUUUUUGUAAGAUAAUAUGUGAUUUUUUGCUUUAUUUUAUUUUUUAUUUUACUUUGUUUUUUUUUUUUUUUGUAGUGUGAUGUAGCUAUGGUGUUUCAAGUCUCUGAGGUGUUUGUCAGAAUUGCUGUAGACCUUAUUACAUGCCAUCAAUAAUUAUUGAUUUUUUUCUCUAGCUUGUCUUUAUACCUUCCUUUAAUAUUAUUUAUUGUUUGAAGAAAAUAUUUUAAUAAUAAUUUGUUAAUGCACAGAUCAA